AUGGAUGUCAUUGGCCCAAUAUUGCCGAAGGUUUCUAAUGGGCAUCGUUUCAUCUUUGUGGUUAUUGAUUACUUUACCAAGUGGGUGGAAGCCGCUUCGUAUGCUAAUGUCACAAAAUCAGCAGUCAGCAAGUUCUUGAAAAAGGAGAUCAUAUGUCGAUAUGAAAUACCCGAGAGAAUCAUAUCUGACAAUACGUUGAAUUUGAACAAUAGCUCAAUAGCGGAGGUUUUGUCUCAGAUUCUGUCAAGAGCUAUGAGAGUUCUCAGAGGGGGAGUGCUUUCACCCACCAAGGAAAGCUCAACAUUUGCUCUUGGUGGGAUUUGA